UUUACUUUAUAUUUAAAUUAAAUAUUUCUUUUCAUAACUAAAGAAACAUAAAAUAGGCACCUGCGGCAGUAACUUUCUAUAAUUGAUCAAACAACUAGAAUCGGAAAUGGACGAAAAGAAGACUCAUGAAGCAGAAGUUGCAAUAAAUAAUAUUGUUAGGGAAAUUAUCAGAGAAUGCACUAAUAAAGGAGUCAAAGUAUACAGAAACUUUGUCACUUACUACGUAAAAUUAUUAAUUUUGGACCCAAAUUGUGGAAUAACCUUGGACGGAUUAGCUGAAAGAAACGCAGUUCAUAAAUUUGUAGUCCAAUGCUUACAAAAACUUAGUCACCAAGAACACCCUUGUAUAGUAUCAUUGAAAACACAAAUGUACUUCAGCGGAAAUUUUGAAUCUAAAAAAGAAGAAAUUGAUAAACACAAACCCGAAAUGAGAAGCAAACUUCGAUCAGUGGAAAAGGAAAUAAUAAACUUCAAAUACGAAAAUCCUGAAGCAGAACUUAAUGUUAAAGAAUAUACCAAUUUUAUGAAGAAAAUUAUUUAUUACUGUGCUUUACUUUCAGGCCUUGGAGAUCCUACAGAAAAAGAGGUUUUUGAAGAAACCAAAUGUGCCCUCAAAAGCGUUUUCUUUGGGGAUGAUAUUAAAUAUUUUCUGUUACAACCAGAAGAAAUAAAAGAAGACACUUUAUUGGCAUUAACAGACCUUACAACUGGUGUAAGAUUAUUCAACAAAGACUGUCAAAAGGGCGGCAGUAGUAUAGAUGAUUUGCCAAAACUUGUCAAUCAAGCCCUAGAGAUAUCGAAAACUGACGUCGAAGAAACACUGCGUUAUAUCGUAAACAGGGUAAAUUUUCUUACCACGUUAAUUGAUACCGCUUACGAAAGUGUUGUGGAUGAGGUAGGCAAUGAUACUAAAACAGUUAUAGUUAUGGGUUUUGCCACACCUGAAGAUUUGGAAUAUGCAAAAGACUUUCUCGUAUUUUACAGACAAUACGAACUAUAUAUGAGGCAAAUUCUGGAAGAAGUACAAAACGUAGACAGGAAAUUUAAUACAACGGUUGAGAUUUUCAGUAACAUUUUAAAAAAACUUCAUAAUAUAGUAAAAUUUAAAACUAUAGUUCUUACAUCCCUAGUCUACCCAUUUUUCACGGACUUGGCACAAACUUGGUACGAGAUGCAAGGACUAGCCAUUUAUUUGGCAAAUUUAAACAAAAUUAUGUACGAUUUGGGUCGUUUUGAACAAAUUACAUCGUACGACAACGAACGUUUAAGUUAUUUACUGGGUUCUUAUACCACGUUAACAGAUGCUGAGAGAAUUCAGGCAAGCCAAGAAGAAAGUGCUCUGGAUAUAGUCACCCCCUUAGUAACAUUCGUAGAUCCCAACGAUAUCGAAGACAUUGAUACAAUUAAAAUAGAAUUCCUAGGAUUUUGCGCUUGGAAACUUGUGGAGACUGAAGGAGGUUUAAUCCCUGGAAAUCGAAACUUAGGUAUCGCUGAUUAUGAUGGCAAAUAUUAUUCAUUUUCUUCUAGAGACGCUGCAGAAGCAUUUUGCAAAGAUCCAAGAGAUAAUGUUAAUCGAGCUUUACAUCUAGGCAGAAACAAACCGGAAUUAAUAAACUUUUUGCAAAUUUUUGAACAAUUGAUCGCCGUAUACGAUUUUCCCACAUUACUAAAGAAGAAAAUAAAAGCACGAGAAGUCGAUCAAAAGAAGAUACAGACUGACCUACAUCCAUCGUUUGCCAAUUCAGGAAAAUACUUUUGUAGGAACAGGUAUUACUGGAAUGUAUGGGACUGGAAAAGGGAAGCCAUCAUACUUGCUAACAUUUCGACCAAGAUGACUCACUCCACUCAGACAAUUAAAUCAAAUGGAUGGUCAUCAAUAAAGGUCAACACACAUGAGCAAAGAGAUAAAGUUUAUCAAACAAAGAAAGACAAUUACACAAAUGUACCAAAACCGUCCACAUUCAUUUUCGGUUUACGCGGAAGAAAGGAUGAUAAUCAGCACAUAAUAAAAUUAACACGUCCAGUUGAAGAAUAAAUAACAAUUUAAACA